GUUUUGUCGAAACAAUAAAAGAUAAAUGCAUAUAAUAUAGUCUAGAUCUAGAUCUACGUAAGUCUCGAAUAUUAUAUUAGAAUAUAAAUAUUAAAAUGGAGGUCAUAAGUCAGCAGUUAGAUGACACAGUCUUGGAAAUAUUUGAUGUCCUGGAACAUUUGUAUGAGGCGCAAGAUAAACUAGCACAGUUGAUGAAACAAGGAUUUCUUGAUAUGUCGCGAGCCAGAAAAUCCAUGGGAGUUAAGAAUGUCUCAGCAGAUCAGAUAAUCAGCGCUAACAUUUUAGCCUCAGUGAAAGUCAACGUUGAUGAAGACUUACUUCAACCUUCAAAUGAAGAAGAGGUUGGUGAAAGAGAAUUGUUUCAAAUGUUACAAAAUGUUGAGAAAAAAAUUGAUGAACAAGAGAAAACAACUCCCCCAGUGACAUCGUCAGACUCCUCGUCAGGCCCCAGAAAAAGGCACACCGAGAAGUCUUCAAAAAGUGAUCCAGACAAACAGGACAAAGAGAAUGGGACAAAAGUGGCUCCCCAAGUGGAAAGUUCUGAAGAUUCUGAUAUCUCCAACAGAGUGGUAACCAAUAGCCUGUCAUUGUUUGGCAUCCUAGUGCCUCCAACACUUCGAGCUAGUCAGAAACAUUUCAAUGACUCUCUCAAAGUGUGUGUUGAAUUAGCCAAUCUAAAACACAGGUUGCACAUCUUGAAGUUAAAGUAUAGAGACUUGUAUGAAAAGAAAAAGAGUGACAGUGAUAAAUGAUAAGUAGUACUGUGCUUAAGUUGUCAAUGAGAAAUGAUAAGUAGUAAAGUGGUUAAGCGGCACUGAUAAAUGAUGCGUACUACUGUGUAUCAUUUCACAUUCCUACCCAUGUUUACAUUAAUUUUUAUAUCACAAUAAUUUGACAUUGCAUUAUUAUGAGACCUUUUUUUUGAUUUCAUACUUAUUUGUAAUAUUUAUAUGAAAAUGUAAGAUAGUCUCAAAAUGCUGUUUCAUUGUUACUUAACUUAUGGGCAUAUUCACCCAGUAUAAUUCAAAAUAUGAUAAUUGUAAUAUAUGGUGUUAUAUGUUAAGUUAUAAUGACAGUGCACAAUGUGGGACUAUUUUGUUAAUUGACUAACAGACAUAUUUAAAAAAAAAAACUUAUCCAUGUUUUCCACCAGUUGCUAGUAAUCUUGUUUUCUAAUUAACCCUUAGCAACUCAUUUCAUGCCUGAUUAUCACCUGUAUUUUGUAAUGUCAUUAUAGCAAUACAUUUGCUUCCCAUUGCAUUUAUCUGUGUAUUAAUUAAUGUUUUGAUAGUUUACAUACCAAAAAUAGUUUGCUUUCUAAUCUUCUUCAUAAGUUAUUUCUAGAUUAAGUGGUAUUAUAAAUUAUCAUUUGGGAUUACUGUUACUUUUCCUUUUUUUUUUGUCUCUAGUAUCUUUCAUGCUUUCUUCAGUUGAAGACAAUAUAGAGGAUGCAUAAAUCCUUUAUAUCUAGUAUAAGCUUUGGGCUAGCUUGUUUUUUUUUUCUUCCCACUAUGUGCGCAAGGUGGCAAGUUGUCCCCAUUAAGAUCAGUCCCCUAUAAUAGUGCUUCUCAGACUUUUAUCACUGGCGCAUCCAUUUAUGAGACAAAUUUUGCUCCCCCUUAAGGCAGUUUGGAUUUUAUUGUGCAUUAGCUGUGUUUAGAAUCCAAGAAUGUUCUUAAAGCUAGUCUUUUUUUUUAAUUUGAAAAUAGUGUUUCAUAGAUAAUAUGUGAGCUUUUUAGGGACUAGAAAAUGUCAAGUUUUAAGAUAGUAUUGGAGAUGCAGCUAGGGAGUUUUGAUUCAAUAUUGUUGCAGAAGUCUCAUGCAAAAACUGUAUACAUUUUUAAAGUCCUUAUUAGGCAUCUACUUGCCUUAAAUGCCAAGAGAGCAUCUGGCUGCAGGUGGAUUCUGAACGAGACAGCUGGAGAUCACUUGUAAAGGCUGAAGGGUACACAUUUGAGACAAAAAAAAAUCUACUGCUGAGGAUAGAUGUAGAUAGGGAAAGGAGAAUCUCAAUCAACCACCAGCAGACAAUGUUAUGGCAAAAUAUGUAGGUCACAGCUGGGGCUGCGUAGCCACAUGAAAUACUGCACUCCUGAUUAAUCUUUGUACUCAAAGACAAGUGUUAUUAUUAGUGUUAUUAUUAUUAUUAUUAGAAGAUGAAAGGAUUCUCUUAUUUAAACUACUGUACAUUUUAUAACAUUGGUCAAUAAUGGAUUUUACUUGGUUAACAUUCAAAUAAGGAUUGAUAUUUAUGAUGUAAAUAUAACUCUUUUUGUUUUGGCCCCUGAAAAACAAAUUGACUGGCUUUGCCCCCUACCCUUGUCGGGACAUCAGGCCCUGAUUGAGAGUACAGUUUGAGAACUGCUGCUUUACCAUUUUUACCGCCUCUUUCCAAUUGAUUUCUGAUGCUUUUAGUUCAAACUCUGAUAAACAAUCGUUCUAGAUUUAUUUAGUCUCUCAUCAAUUUUGUGGAUUGAACUUUAAACUGUUAAAUAUUUUGAGUGACAUGUUGACAAUAAAUUAGAAAUGUAGUGGAUGGAAAGACCUGAUACCACAUACGGUACCACAUUGUAAGUGCUCCAAUUUUAGUUAAAGUAAUGUUUAGUCCCUUGUGUCAUAUCUAUUGUUAUACAUUCAAUACAGUCAUUGGAUCAUACUCUUGGCUAUUUUUCUUUCUAGACUCAUGCAGUCAGAUAAGUUAUAUUUAUUUAGUCAUUUAUGUUGAUUCAAGUAUUUCAAGCAUUUGUGACUGUUCAUUACUGACAUGUGAUUAAUUUGACCAGCAUGACAUACAUUAAAAAAAAUAUUUUUUUUUGUUAUUUUUGUUCUUUAAAUAAAUAAAUUGAAUUCUAGUUGUUCCA